AUGAUGCAACCAACAUCGGAAGGCUGUAUGAAUAUCGCUGAAUUAGCCAGCCAACUAAGAAGGGAAAAGAUUUUCAUAAACUCUGAAAGGCAGCUGUUGCAAAACCUUAACGAAGAGGUUGAAAAAACGGUGUUAGAACUACUUCAAGCUGCUUGGAUAUGUUCUCAACAGCGGCAAAAUCUCACAAACUUAAUUACAUCAAGAUGCGAAGCAGAAUCAGUUGCAGCAUGCCACCGAGCAAGUCUACUUGAAGGGACAACAUUUAUAGAAGCUCAUAAAGUUUUAAAAUUCAAGGAAGUUCAAGCAUUAGGUGAACUGCUAGGAUGGCUUCGAGACACUCCACACCUUAUGGCAUUAUGCUUAAUGCUUGGGGAAGAUCACAUGCCUCCGAGCUUACCAUCAUCAAUAAUAUCCGGACUGUAUGGGAGUUGCCGGUCACCAAUGGAUAGGACCAGACUGUUGGCUGUAAUCAGAACCUUGAUUAAAUACCAAAUGGCUCCGUCAAGUGAUCCUAGAAAACUCCUUCGUACCAGCAAAUGCGCGCUAUCAUCCCUAUAUGCAGUGUUCCGAGACGGUCACUCCCCAGCGCGGCAGUUCCUCGUAGCAGCCCUACAAGCACCCGUCAUGGCGGUGUUGAAUGAAGAUGAGUUUUUCUUGGACAUAGACCCUGAUAAAGCCAUGGAGAGAUUUUCGGCAUCGGAUCGUCUUAAAAAGUUCGGUCAGUUCAACAGUGCAGAGUAUAAUGCGAAGGUGGCUCGGUAUCGCAAAUGGACGGUCCAGUCUCUGUACAACCUCACCAGCAAGUUCAUAUACUCCCUCAAGGAAAAUUGGCCCAAUUUUCCUGCUACUAUAGCUUGGAUUGUGCAGCAGAUUGUACAUUUGUUAAAACAACAUUCCAGGACAACAGAGCGCGAGCUGCACGCGAUCUGCACGGAGCUGGUGCUGAACAGCUUCAUCUGCCCCGCGAUCGUGAACCCGGAGGCGCACGGCGUGGUGGAGGUGCCCGUGUCAUACAUCGCGCGCUUCAACCUCAUACAGGUGGCGCAGAUCAUACAGAUGCUGUGCCUCGCCAGGUACCAGGAGGUGGAGCCGAAGCAGCGCGACCUGUACGCGAAGUUCGAGCGGUCGUGCGUGUGGGCGCUGGUGGAGGGCGUGGCCACGGACGCCGGCGCGCCGCCCGCCGCGCCCGCCGACGCGCCGCUGCGCACCGACGCGCCGCCUGCCUCCACCGUCGCGCUCUUCACGCCGCACGACGCGCAUCUGCUCAUAACAUUCCUCAAAAGAAUCUCAUCAAAGUUAAACAACAACACUCAGAAUGGCGGUGAAGAAAAUGGCCACAAUUCUGUGCAAAAUUCUGAUGAAUCUACUUUCACCGAGUCGAGCAGCGCGCUGGAGGCGGGGGCGGGCGGAGGCGCGCGGCUGGCGGCGCUGGUGGCCGCGGGCGAGCCCAACUACCGCGCGCGCCUGCACGACCUGCUGCGCAAGAUGCCUGACUUCACCGCCUUGAGACCUUCGACAUCCGAUACCAAAGACACCGUAUCAGAAAAUGGCCACUCUAAGAGGAGUAUCCUGAGCAAAGUGUCGAAACCACGCCUCCCGCGCGCCACUUCCUCGGAGGAGCGCGGCAUCGACUCCCUGCAGCUGGAGCCCGAGGUGCUCGUCAUCAAGCUAUACAAUGUGGAGGAGCAGGACUAUGUUGGCCUGGUACCGGAAUCGAAAGUACUAGAAAGUUAUUACGGCGGCGGUGAGGGCGAGGCGGAGGAGGGCAGCGCGCUCGCGCCGCCCGGCGCCGCGCCGCCCGUGCAGAAACGGACUAGAUUUUCAGUGUCACAUGACGAAGUGUCCCUGGGGAACACAUCAGAUAAUCUCGAGGCAGUGUCCGAGGCCGCGUCCAACCAUAGCGUCACAUCAAGCCUGGAGCUCGAGACGGAGGACCAGAAUGAUAAUCUCUCAGAUAUGGUAUCAGCGAAUGUAAGCGGUCGAGGAAGUCCUAAUAUAUCUGGACGGGAAACCCCCUCAUCUCAAGUCACGGAUGGAGACGCGGCUGGUGACGUUCCGCCGAGACGUAUUCAACCGAACGCGCCAGUGAGCCAGGCGGUAAGCGCUGCUCAAGCGAAGCUGCUUAAACAGACUCGAAAUGAUAUUGAAGAUAAAUUUUGCAAAUUCGAAAUCAAGAAACUUCUAGAAGGCGACGAAACGAUAAGCAUUAUGUCGGACACGUGGAGCACCGACGUGCUCGCGUCCGAUUCCGAGACUAUCGGCGACUCUUGCGAACACACGCAAGUGGCAACUGGACAAGGCUCGAACACGAACCACGUGAUAGCGCCCGACGUGUCGGAGACGGCGAGCGAGUCCGCGUGGAGCAUGGACGUGCUCGCCUCCGACAGCGACCGCAACACUGAGGUGGACACGGACGACUGCGUGUCGGUGGCGGCGCGCUCGGACACGUCGUGGCCGCGCCGCGCCUCGCAGCAAGACGCGCCCGCGCACGUGCCCGCCGCGCUCGCGAAUGGCAACGCAAAGCGACCAGAUAUAGGCAGUCCUCGACAUACAUUUCGUUCGAAUUUACCAAAUAGAAGCAGCGGGUACCUGAGCGCGACGGCGACGCUGUGCCGCGGCGGCGAAUUGGACCUGCCGGCGCACAGCGCGCACGCGUACGCCAUAGAAAACCGGAAGAGCAUACUCGUCAAUGGAUAUCCGGUAAUGACGUGCUACGCCUCGGCGCCAGAGAGCCCGGCGGUGACGGCCGCAGCGCUCAACAAUGAUGUCUUCGAUUACGCGCCACAGAACAACACAAGUGCCUCGGAGUCGACAGUGGAGGGCGCGGCGGGCGGCGAGCCCGGCGGCCAGGCGGGCGCGGGCUCCGACGCCACCAGCCAGUGGGUGGACGACAGCUUCCCCUCCAAGUACCACAUGCCCUCCACCUCCAAGUCUUACGAUGAUAAUGAUCUUAUGGACAGAUCACUAAACUCCAGUGAGAGUUCAUUCAACGCGCUAUCCGUAUCACAAUACGACAGACGAUUCGAUUCCGGAAUCGAUACAGAGCGUGCCGAAACCGAGCCGAGGUCCGCCAUAUCCGAUUUAAUGACUCGAAUGAGUUCCGCAACGAUUUCCACAUCGAAUCUCGUGAACAACAUCACGUCACGAAUAGUGAAGUCCGAGAUACGAACGAGCAUAGUGAAUAUAAGUUCGUCGAGAAUCGAGAAGAAGCGUGAAGCGAGUAACAUAUCGCUGAGCACGCUGUCGGUGAACAGCGUGGAGACGUCGGCGUCGGACAAGAGCUCGAGCCAGGACGUGAACUCGGAGAACGUGACGGAGCGGCGCGUGAGCCCGCCGCCCGCGAAGCCGCCCUCCACCGGCGCCAUACCUAAAAGUAUUAGCUUUGAUGCUACCGCGGAGAAGUUACAACGGAGGCGAAUAGUGGGUGAAGAUGGUCUUGUAGGAAAUCUGGAUGAAUUGAAGAACAAUGUGAAGCGUUCGGGCGGCAACCUGCUACACAAGAUUAAAAUGUUUCGACACAAGGGCCGCUCUCACCACAAUGCCGAUAUAAAAGUGUCUGAAGAGGAAGCAGUCGGCGAGGAAGUGAACAGAGAAAUAAAAGAUGGUGAGAGUUCAGAGGAGAUAUUGGCCAAGUACCGUCGCGCGGCGGAGUGCGCGCCGCGCCGCGCCUCGCGCUCCGGCGACCUCGGCGACCACGCGCACCACGCGGACGUAGACAGGUCGGAGGGUGUGGUGGAUUUAAACGACCCAGAAGUUUUUAACAGUAUGAAACGACGACUCCGUGUCGUAUUAUCUAGUACUGACAUCCCUUGCAUCGAAUAUGUGCCUAAUCGCUGCACGAGCUCGUCGCUGGCGGAGUGGACGCGCGCGGGCAGCUCGGCGGAGGCGGCGGCGGCGGCGCGCGCGCUGGCGGGCGCGGGCGCGGGCGCGGGGCGCCUGGCCGCCGCGCUGCGCGCCGACCUGGCCGCGCGCCGCCCCUACGCCGCCUACCUGGCCUCCUGCCGCGCCGCGCUCGCGCACGCGCUGCACGACCUGCAGGCUCAGAUCAAGCUGGUGCAGUGGGAGAUGUCAGCGUGCGCGCGCGCGGCGGGCGCGGCGCGCGCGCUGGAGCAGCUGGAGCGCGGGCCCGCGCUGCGCCGCCUCGCCGCGCACCACGCGCACGCGCACGCCAUGCUCGAAGGUGGAGAGUUGAUAGACGAAAGAGCGACUAGACUGACGGCCAGCAUUAAGGCUAUUACAGCUGAGAUCAAGGCCGACCCCUCCUGGGAAGGCGCGACGGCCACGCUGCUGGAGAGCGCGGAGGUGACGGUGGAGCGCGCCGUGUUCGCGCGCCUCUACCUGCACGUGCUGUUCCCCAACGGCGACGGCGACAUCGCGCGCGACCAGGUGCUGAGCGAGCACGUGCGGCGGCUGGGCGCGUGCGGCGCGCGCGCGCUGGCGCUGGCGCCGCGCCACGCGUGGGCCGCACCCUUCCCACACGCGCAGCGCGCGCUGCGGCACCUGCCCGUGUUCCGCACGCCGCGCGACAAGGUGGCGUGCGUGCUGCGCUGCGUGCGCUCGCUCGUGGCCACGCUGGCGCUCACGGACGGCUCGCCGCCCGCCGCCGACGACAUCACGCCCGCGCUCGUGCUCGUCAUCAUUAAGGUGAACCCGCCGUCGCUGCUGUCGACGCUGGACAUGGUGAACGCGCUGGGCGGCGCGGCGCUCAGCGGCGAGGCGCUGUACUGGUGGACGCACUUCUGCGCCGCCGUCGCCUUCAUCAAGACCAUGGACUACCCCGCGCCCGCACCCUCACACCCCGCCCCGCCCGGCUCC